CACGAGAGUGCGUGAAAGUGCAUACCUAACCUCUAAUCUAGAAAUCCACACAAGUCCUUAGCAGUCCUUAGACUCCUUAGUUCAGAAUGUUUGGGCAUUUCGUUUAGUAGUUUUGACUGGUUGCAUCGCUUUCUUAAGAAAUUUGACUUUUAAUUCUUAUUAUUCGACAGUGAGAGAUAAUAUUAUUGCUGAUAAAGCGCACAAACUUCUGUAAAAAGUACGAGUCAUGAAUGGUCAUGAAUUGCUAUGAAUAACAAUUAAAAGUUCGUUCGUCACUUUAAAAGUAUCGAGGAAAAGAUUCGCAAAAAAGAUGCUGUGUCGCGAUGGAGUCCUUAGUCUUUUCUGCUUUAUCGCAGCGGGUUUAAUCUCGCUUUCCCCUGAACUGCAGUUCAGAUUAGGCUUCAAUAUUUAUGCCGCAUAUUUUACAAAUAUUUGGUUUCUACACGCAGUACAGUACAUUCUUAUAAAUGUAUUUGCAUUUUUGGCGUUUCGCGGUUUUGCUUAUCAAAUAGCAAUCAGAGCGUUGUUUCUUGGAUAUGUAUUUGGAAUUGGUAUCCUAAUAUCAAUUAAUGCUCCAUCAUCAUGGCAGGUGUUUGGCAUUUACACGACAGUAUUAGCAAGUUUUCAUUAUUCAGAAUUUCUAACUAUAGCAUGGACAAAUCCAGCUACUCUAUCAAUCGAUAGUUUCAUCCUCAAUCACAGCAUAGCAUAUGGAGUGGCAGCAUGUCUCAGUUGGAUAGAGUUUUUGAUAGAGAGACAUUACUUUCACAGAAUGAAAGUACUCUCCCCAGUGUCCUAUCUUGGUCUGAUGUUGUGCAUUUCUGGUGAAAUUUUAAGAAAAGCAGCAAUGUGCACUGCAAAACACAACUUUAACCAUGUUGUACAAAUUGAGAAGAGUGACAAUCAUGAACUUAUUACACAUGGUGUAUAUAAUUUUUGUAGGCAUCCUAGUUAUGUAGGAUGGUUUUACUGGUCUAUAGGAACACAGUUAAUACUUCAAAAUCCACUAUGCCUUUUUGCGUAUGCAUUGAUGUCAUGGAAUUUCUUCCAUGAGCGUGUUAUGAUUGAAGAAAUAACUUUGUUAAAUUUCUUCGGCGAAGACUACCUUGAAUAUCAAGAGAGAGUAGGUACUGGGCUUCCAUUUAUUUCUGGAUAUAAGAUUAAUUCAUAGCACUCAACAAUGGUGUAAUCCAAUUUUGUAUAAAGUUAUCCUGACAAA